GACCGAGUGCCACUCCGGCACCAUGUCAGCUUACCCUAAAAGCUACAAUCCCUUCGACGACGACGGGGAGGACGAAGGCGCCCGGCCGGCCCCUUGGAGGAACGCCCGGGACCUCCCCGACGAGCCCGACGAGCCAGCGGACAGGCAGCAGUACUUGCGGCAGGAGGUGCUCCGCAGGGCUGAGGCCACGGCCGCCAGCACCAGCAGGUCCCUGGCCCUCAUGUACGAGUCCGAGAAGGUUGGGGUCGCCUCUUCCGAGGAGCUCGUCCGUCAGCGAGGAGUCCUGGAGCGCACAGAGAAGAUGGUGGACAAGAUGGACCAAGAUUUGAAGAUCAGCCAGAAACACAUCAAUAGCAUUAAGAGCGUGUUUGGGGGGCUCGUCAAUUACUUCAAAUCCAAACCAGCAGAGGCCCCACCUGAACAGAAUGGCACCCUCGCCUCCCAGCCCAACAGCAGAUUGAAAGAAGCCAUAAGUACAAGUAAAGAACAGGAAGCAAAGUACCAGGCCAGCCACCCAAACCUUAGAAAGCUGGAUGAUACAGACCCUGUCCCCAGAGGGGCUGGUUCUGCUGUGAGUACCGAUGCUUACCCAAAGAACCCACACCUUCGAGCCUAUCACCAGAAGAUCGACAGCAACCUAGAUGAGCUCUCCAUGGGACUGGGCCGUCUGAAGGACAUAGCCCUGGGGAUGCAGACGGAAAUUGAGGAGCAAGAUGACAUUCUUGACCGGCUGACAACCAAAGUGGACAAGUUAGAUGUCAACAUAAAAAGCACAGAAAGAAAAGUUCGACAACUCUGAAGACAGAUGGAUUUCUACUCUAUUGUGAUGAAAAGAUUUGAAAGAGCUUUUUUUGAACUUCCAAGAAAUUUCAUUUACUAUUUUAGUAUGUAAAUUAAUGUGUGUUUGCAAAUGAUAUAAUAGAGUAGGUCUUAAGACGUUUUUGCCAUUAUAAGGAAGUGUUUGUCCUCCAUUUCCCUAGGGUUAACACCUCACCUAGUUCUUCCAGCAAAAUGCUUAUUAGAGUUUUUGUCUGAGCACAGUAGCCUGGCCCUGCGUAUCUUGGGCAUUUGCUUACCAUGCUGGAAUAAGAAGAGUUGCAUUUCUCACCUUAGUGAGCAUGUGGAAAGAUGUGGACAGAAUUUCAGUCUUACAGCCACGAGCCUCUAUUUCUCAUUCCCAAGCCUUCCCAUGAGUCAGAGCGUUAAGGGGGUGUGUGAGCCAGUCGUUUGGUGGAGGAGGGUCCUUGCCACACCUUUGUUUAGGAGUCAUCAUUCACACACACACACAUUCACACACACACACCUCCUCACACACUGAACACAUUAUCUGCGAUUCAUCCUCUGGGAAAGGAUCAGUGUUAGAAUGGGAAAUGGAGUGUGCCAUGUUGCUCUUUUGUUUUCUGAUGUCCCCGCUUCCCUCCAGCCCCCCAUCCUUGGCAUGUAUUUUAGUAGGUGGGCUUCACACCAGCACUGCUCACUGUGACUCCUGGAAAUGUGCAGGGAAUUGGGUGAGCCCCUCUUCCCCACAUGUUCUCAUCUGGAACUCUCCAUCUGUGACUGGGAACAGGUCUUAUACUGGCUCGAGGCUGCCAGGCUGACUGACAGAGUGCCCAAUAGAGUUUGUGGGAAUGGAGUAUUACACAGAUGUGGCUGUGCAAUGGUCUUCCUCCACCCCUCUGGGAAUCACCAUUAGGCAGGCCUCAGGAGGGCAAAAUGUUUAUUUGGAACCUGGGGUCUCCUGACCUGACUAGCAUUCCCCCCGACUCUUCUGCACUUUUUGCAAGGUAACGAAUCAUCACUUAUUUCUCUGCCACCCAGUUUUAGGACUGGAAUUCUACAAGUGAUGCUGACUUUGUAUAGAAAAAUUUAGCUAAGGGGGGAAAAAUGCCCAGAUACUAUUUUAACUGGCUCGGCUAGUUUUCUCCUUUCAUUUUACAAAAGAAAUCAUUUAGAAGUGUCAGUUAAAACUGAUUUAUUUAUGCUGGUAUAUCCAACAAAAUAGUUGGAGCCACAAGGCCCUUGCCUUUUUAAAAAACAAAAUAUUUUGAAGAUGGUGAAAGUGAUUGAUUUUAAUAAUGAGAUAGGUCACUUAAAAUAACAGUGCCUUUGACCUUAAAACAUGGCACUGGCCCAUGUGACCUUUGCCAUUUCCCAGUACUUCCCUUUACACUCUGCAGCCUAUAAACAGUGGUGUCUCAAAGCAAAGCAAACCUCUUUAAGUGCUGCCACAGUGCAUUAGUUUUUAUGUAGCACUCUGUUUAUAAAAAUUCCCAUCCCAUAAUGCAUGACCUUCCUAAAAAUAUCCACAGCCUCCAUAGGCAAGCAGAGCUUUCUGUGCUACACACUGGUUAGAUUCCAGCCACCUCAGGGAUUCUGAUCCAUGUCAUUAAUGACCAUCCCAGGGUGUGAGGGCCUGAUUAAAGCUUAUCAAACUAGACAUUUGUUUAUUAGAUGAGCUCGGCAUUAUUAUUCUAACUGGUAAAAGGGAAAUUUUAAACAUAACACUCAACCCAAACAAAACUACUUCAUGAGGCUUUCAGCAAAAAUGCUGCUUAAAAGUAUGAACCCGGGAUGCAGAGCAGCUUUUAUGCACAGUUCAACUUACUGUAAUUGUUUCCGGUUCUUUCCUCUAACACCUUCCAUGUAUGUCAUAACUGUUGAUCACCAUCAGGCAUAGACUCGUGGAGAUUAGUCAUUAUACCUCAGACCUAAGCUAAUUAUUUAAAAUAAAUACAUGUGAAGGCCA